AUUUCUGUCCUACUGUGGACACCGUAGGCGUGAAUGCUUGGAGUCGUUGCCUAGCGACAGGAUAUAUUUCCGAGUCUCAGCUCAGAUUUGGUGAUCAUUUUACAGACCAUCAGUUGUCUUGUGCUGAGGAAAGGUGCUGUGAACAUGUCCAGCAGUAGAGAGAAAGCCGCAAGUAGUCGAGUGCUGAACUUCCUGUGCGAGUGGGAUCGGGGGAAUAAAUGUACUCGCAUACGAAUACUACAGAAAUUUCUUCAGGAAAACACGGGGAAAACCAGUCCUGAACUGGAGCUGCAGUUUGCUCAGGCAGGCAGUCUGUUUCUCACUCGCAUCACAGCCUGGAUAAGGCUCACCUACAUGUUCAACAUGUGUCUGCAUCUUCAGCUUAAAGCUCUGGGAGUCUUCCUCUCAGCUGCCAGCAAUCAGCAGUACCUGAUGGAGUUCCUGGAGGUUGGAGGUGUGAUGACGCUCCUGGAGAUCAUCAAUCAGAAGCAGAGCGGCGACGAGGAGAAAGCUGAAGCUCUGCGUCUGCUCUGCAUCGUCUCGAACGCUGGCCGCAAGUACAAGGAGAUCAUCUGUGAAAGCUAUGGUGUAAAGGCCAUAGAGCAGUGUUUAGUAAAGUCCGACUCAGAGGAGACACAGCACACGGCUUCAUGUCUGCUCGAGUCUCUGGCUAAUGGAAACCCCUUAUACCAAACACAGGUUUAUACAAGUCUCAUCUCUCUGCUGACCCACAGCCCUCCUACAACUACACAACUCACACUACACACUCUACACAAAGUACAGGCUAUUGUAAAGACGGCUCAUCCUGCUAUUGUGGAGCCAUUAUUAAAUGUGCUGUGCUCGUACCAUCUUGGGGUGCAGUACGAAGCUAUAGAGCUGAUUAAAUAUCUACAGCACACAGACGUGAGAGACACCCUACUACCCGCUCUGAUCAAUCUGCUCAAACCGAAAAACCAAGGGGUUCACAAACACAAGAUCCUGCAAGAUCUAGCAACGGCACAAAAGGAUGACAUGUUUCCGCUGUUCAUCCAGCAGGCGGCAGCAGCCAAAGCCUUACGCAUGUUGGCCAUGGAGAGGCGUGAGACGUCUGAAGAACUGAUCCGCUUCGGAGCCGUGCACCAUUUACUAUUUGCCAUGGGCAACCAGGAGCAUGCAGACGCUCAGAGACAGGCCAGUCUGACUUUAGAGUAUUUAGUGCGCUCCAAUCCAGUGGUUGAGGAACAUGUGUGCAGAGCCAUGGGAUCUGCUCUGUUCCACCUGUUUAUGCAUAACGCUGAGCUGCUCUACAUGAACAUGGAUGAAGUUCAGGUUGAUAUCUUACUGAACAACAAAGUGAAACUUUCACGGGAAUUUGAAGAGCAGAACACAGAACAGAAAUCCUGAGAUUUUCUCUUACUUUUAUACAUGAACACACACCCACACACGCAUGCACACACGCACACACGCACACACACACGCACGCACGCACACAUGCACACACACGCACGCACGCACACAUGCACACACAAAUACACACAGAUCUUUUUUUAGAUUUUUAUUUCUCCACCUCCUUUUUCACAAAACAGCCUCAUGAUACAUAAUUCAUACAGUAUGUGAUUCAUUUGUUCCAGUCAACAAAACAUGAUAAAAUCCAACAGUGAGCUUCCCUGCAUUCAUGCUAUUGUGCUUCAUAUAAACGACUCAUGGAUGGAUGGAUAUAUAGAUAGAUCGAUGGAAGAUAGGAACAAAUGGCAAAAGAAAGAAAGAAAGAAAGAAAGAAAGAAAGAAAGAAAGAAAGAAAGAAAGAAAGAAAGAAAGACACAAAAGCAAGAAAGGCAAGAGAGAAAGAAAUGUGAGGAAAGGACAUGGAAAGAAAGAAAGUAAAAAAAGAAAGAAAGAGAUGAUUAAAAGACACACAAAGGAGCAAAAGAACGAUGUUGAAAAGAUAUACAAAAGAAAGAAAGAAUGAAGAAGGAGACAGAAAGAAAGAUAGAAAGAAGACAAGGGAUGAAAGACAAAGAACAAAAUAAAGUAAGAUGAUACAAAGGAAAUAAACUACAACAGGAGAAAGAAAGCUGAAGACAUACAAAGGAAAGGAAGUCAAGAAAGUUAAACAAAAGAAAGAAAAAUGAUGAAAAGAUAUACAAAGGAAUAAAAGAAAAAAGAAAAAUUCAGAUUUUCUAUCAUCCACGUUGUUUAUAUACAGAUACAUUUGAAAUGGUUUCCUUGUGUGUAAAUAAUUAAUUGAUAUAAAUAAAUAUUAUUGAUAUA